AUGUCGAAGCAGUCUUUAACUCGAACAUGUUCGCUUCGAAAACGAGUUCGACCAAUGGCCGAUAUUUAUGAAGAAGAUGAUAAUCAACGACGAGACUUAUCUGGUCGAAAACGUGUAGAUGUUGUCCAGUGUUUAUUAGAUUCAUCAUCCGAUGAAGUCGAUAAUGAUCAUAUAGAUGUUAGAAAACCGACGAAUAUUCUGUGGUUAACAUUUAAUGAAAUUUGCCACAUACGUUACGUUCUUGUUCAAACAUCUUUAAUAACUGAUAAGCAAUAUUCUGAUAUUCACGAUGGUCGUAUUUGUUUUCAAUGUCGAAAAACUAUAAAUAUUUUCUCUUUUCUAUCAUUCAUUCUUCGUUUUAACAAUCAUCAAAGAUGCUUUAUUUGUAAACAAGUUAUAUGUAAAAGAUGUUCGCAAUAUAAUUUUGUACCUCCGUCUUCUAAACUUUCGAUUCCAAUACGAAUACAAAAUUUAAUUAAAUUAUCAUCAAGAACAACAAAUCAGAGCAGCAACGAAAACAUAACUAAACCCAAUGCGCAAACAAAAACAUUGUGUUACGAUUGUUUGCAGAUAUUCGACGAACACAUGCACACAUCUCAACCUCGUAGGAUACCACCGAUCUCUCCAUUACGUCGCACAAACUCUUUGCCGCCUUUGUCUAGUAAAAAUUUAGCUGAACAUCGGCAUACACACCAUCGUUGUCGUCAUCGUCCAGUUCAAGUAACUAAUAGUAGAUUCGAAAAAGCAACUAUAACUACAACAUCACCAUUAACAGAUCUUUGA